AUCAGCUUUUAUUUUGAAGGUCCAGCCGGAUGCAGCCUCCAUCACGCCGCGUGCCUUGAUCGCGUAGCUCUGACUAGCGGAGUCCAAGAGCGGCUCGGGACGGAGAGAACAGCCCAACGCGGCGCAGCGAUGACUCGGUUGCUAACCGAGCAGGUUUAGUUGGACGGCGGCGCUCCGGUUCUCCCUCGGCGUGUUCGGUGGCGCGCGGGCUCCUCGCCGUUCGGGCGGAGGGGUGUGAGGUGCUGCCGGCGCUCCAGAAUGACCUCUGGGAAUGGGACCAGCACCAGCAGCCAUCACAAUGGAGACAGCAAACCAGUCCAGACCGUAGACGAGUCUCACAUCCUCACCCACCUGAUCGAGGGCUUUGUGAUCCAGGAGGGGGCGGAGCCUUUCCCUGUGGAGCGUCCGUCGUUCUCCAUCGAGAGCCUGAGGAGGAGCACGGCCGAUUCAAAGAUAGAUGGCCUCCUGUCCAAAGAGAUCAAGGCCAAGCAGGAGCCCAUGCUGACCUGCGAGCUGUGCGGCAGGGUGGACUUCGCCUACAUGUUCAAGCGGUCCAAGAGGUUCUGUUCCACCGUGUGCGCUAAACGAUACAACGUGGGAUGCACAAAGAGAAUGGGUUUGUUUCCGAACCGCAAGUCCACCCUGGAGAACCUGAAGAAGCAGCAGCGGGUUCUGAACGGGAGAAACGCCCACAUGGACUCCAAGAAGAAGGCUCCUCCUCCUCUGCAGAAACCUGCAGCUCCUUCCACCGCUCCGUCGGUCCAGCCCGCUCAGGGAGAGUCCAGUCAGUGUUCGGAGCUGUCCGGAUACAGGUUACCUCAGUCCCCCCCGUCCCAGCGGGUCGCCGCGGUGCUGGGCUCCGAGCUGCCUCACGCCUUCUUACCCAGCGACCCGGGCCAGUGGAACAUGGAGGACGUCUAUGAGUUCAUCUCCGCCCUGCCAGGCUGUCUGGAGAGCGCCGAGGAGUUCCGCUCGCAGGAGAUCGACGGACAGGCUCUGCUGCUGCUGAAGGAGGACCACCUGAUGGGAACCAUGAACAUCAAACUGGGCCCGGCGCUCAAAAUCUUCGCUCAGAUUAGCAUGCUCAGAGACUCGUAGCCCUCCACACGCACACACGCACGUGCACGCAGGUGAGUUGGAACGGCAGCUCUGCUGUUCGCAGACCAACGCUCAGGUUCCUCAGUUCAAACCUCGUUCAGGCUCCUGCUCCUCAUCGGCUCCGUCGGCUGAGCGUCAGGACGGCCGUGGGAGGAGAGCUCUAGGCUGUGUUGACGAGCGGAGUAGUUUUCAUAGAGGCUCGUCGUCGGGUAGCUUUCCGUCGUCCGGGAGCGUGACGCUCGCCGCCGCCCGCAGACACGCCAGCCGCAGCAGGACAUCCGUGUCAGGAAGUGUCUCCAUCUGCAUCCGGCGUCGUCAUGGUGACGGCAGACCCUCAGCUUCCACUCAGAAAGGCUGGUCUGACGCUUCCUGUCUGUGCAUCAGCAGUCAGUGGAGGGCUGUGGUUGAAUACUUAUACAGACACAUGCAGCAGACCUCACGUCACAGAACAUCCUGGAGAUCAGGACGCGACGGCAGAACCACCAAGAUCAAACCUGCGACUUUCAGUCCAACCAGAAACAGAAACUCGCUUCUCUUUUGGCUUUUCUGUGGAUGGAAAAUCAAAGAGUUUAAACAUCAGGAUGAUUUAGUUUCACUUUUAGUCUCCUUUUCAUUUAACCUUUAACACCGGAGCUCCAGUUUCUGUUCUUUGAUUUACUGUAAGUUUUCAACCGUUUACAGGGUCAUUCCAGAGACGCUUUUCUCCUUUGUAAUCUACUGGAAUGAUCCUGUUAACGGUUAAAGCUUACAGCAUGUUAAAGAUUUAGUGUUUAAGUGUUGACGGGUUACAUAGUUUUGAAGAAAAUGUACCAGCAAAUUCAUUUAAAGAUCCACGUCAGUGAAGCUUUAGGUUUCUCCAGUUUUUCUUUGAACGUUUGUGAUCGUUCUAGAUUGUAGUUGUCGUCUCAACCGUUUUGACGUCCUCGCCGAGCGCCGCUGCUCUCCUCCAUCAGGUCUGUGCGCACAGGAAAGGAGAAACACUGCAGCUGACAGAACUUUGACCAAAGUGGAGGAGAAACAUCCGGCCUUAACGUCGUCGACGCUCUCGAGAAAAAACUCUGUAUUUUGUUACUUUUUUUACACUGAAAGAUGCAAACUGUAAAUAAAACCUUUAGAUUGUU